AUGGUGAACAAGGUGAACACAUACUGGAGAAAUGUCCUCACUAUUGUGCCAAUCACUGGGGCAGUGGUAGCCACGAUCAUCUAUCUGCUACGCCUUUACUGCAAGCGCCUGAAAUCUUUGAAGUUUAUGCUUGAAGAUUAUCUAAUGGGCAUUGGGCUGAUUCUUUCUUACUGUGCCACAGCUUUUGUGAUUGAUACUGCCUUCCAUGGCGUCGGUUUACCGGUCGCAUCACUCCCCAAACAUGAGCGAAUGCGCGUUCAAUUUGGAUCUUGGAUGAUUCAAAAGUUCUGGGCUCCAUCAAUGGCCUUUGUUAAAAUCUCCAUCGUCGUCUUCGUUAAACGCCUCUUUGGCUCGAUUCGUACAUACACGAUCAUUUCCUACUGCUUGAUUGGAUUCAUCAGCCUAUGGGCCUUUGCAGCCCUGAUGGUUAAUACGUUCCAAUGCACACCGGUGCAAUACUACUAUGACAAGGACUUGGAUGGACACUGCAUGAAAGGACAAGUUCAAUUCUUCCAGGCUAUGGGAUCAACAGCAUUGAUCGAAGACCUUAUCAUUCUCUGUCUUCCUCUUCCUGUGUUCUGGAACUUGAAGAUCAAUAGGAGACAAAAGAUCGCAUUAACAAUGGUCUUUUCUCUCGGUGGACUCGUCUGUAUAUUCAGUCUCAUGCGAUUGAUCGAGUUUCGCAAAUUUCAAGUCACAGAUCUUGCCUCAUCAAGCGCCAAGGAAUCCAUUUGGACUUGUCUCGAACUCGACGUGGCAAUCAUUUGCGGCUGCCUCCCGCUCCUUAAACCUUUAGUGCAAGGCCUCCGGGGUACUACCAGAAGUGGGGGAUCGAAGUAUACCUCGCAGCCCUACGCCGGAUCCAGCCACCACCUACAGUCAAUACGGGGACAUAAAACCGGAUUUCAAGAGCUUGGAAGUGACCGUGGUCAUGCGGAGUUGACGGUAUCAAAGGGGGGUCAUGGUAUGGCUGGGACAAGUCGGAGGAGUUCUGAUACAGAGAGUCAUAGGCAGGAUGGGGAUGGGGCCUCUGAUGUGGGAAGUAUUGAUCCGGUCAUGAACCGAGGGGAUCUAAAAUAA